GCCUCGGGUAAUGACUGAUACGAGAACGGUGCAGAAAAGUGACGAAGACAAAGAUACACAGAAAGAAUAUGUAGAUCUAAUGCAUUCUAGCAGUUCGCAAGACGGAGAAAACGAGUGCGCCCUUAUAGAUGAAAGUGGUGAAGAUUUGAAUAUUGAAGAAAAGAAAAGUAUUGAGGAUGGAAGUGAGGACUUAGACCAGAACAUCUUUCUAGAUGAUGAUGAACCUAUUGAAGUCUAUGGAGAAGGUCUUCCUCACAACAUUGAAACAGAUAUUCCAUUAUUGGACCAAGAUGUUCUUUAUGACUUGGAGCAGCAUGCCAAACGAGUCGCAGACAGCUUAGGUCUAAUGACAGGCCACCUGACAAAUGCCUUGCAUUAUAUGUCAGCAAUAACCAUGCAUUGCAUGGACUCGUAUCAACAAGCAGCCACCGAACUUGGUCAAACAGUUGAUGUUAGCAUCAAAACAAUGUACGCAUUAAUUGCCAAAUGUGAAGCUAUUGCUAACAGCAUGGAACCAGUUGAACAGCUGGCACAGCAAGUAUAUGACAUCAAAAGAACACUGGAAAGGCUAGAGAGACUGUGUAAAUAACUAUUAUGUGCCCUUUGUUCAUUUUCAAUCCCAAGUGUAAAUACUCAACAGACAAACCUGCAUCCAACUUGUAUUAUAUAAGCAUACUGUCUUGUUGGAUGGCAUGUAUUCAUGCUACCUCUUAUCAAAUCAUCAGUCUUAUGUAUGCAAUUCUGCAUAGGAAACCAGA